AUGACGAUCUGUACUUACAACGCACGUACGCUUGCAUCGGAAGCUGCCAUCGAAGAUUUGAUGAUGCAAGCCAAGAAGAUCAAGUACGACGUCAUCGGACAGACCGAGACGAGACGACGUCACCCUCUCAACGCCGUAUAUGAAACUGGAGAAGAACUGUUCUUAGGAACAUGCGACAGUAGAGGUGUUGGUGGAGUUGGCGUCCUCGUAAACACGAGUAUGGCAAAGAACAUCGACUCUUUCGAACAACUUACGACCCGAAUCGGACGUCUGCAGAUGAGAAGAUGUGGUCCAACACCAGCUUUGACUAUCUUCGUCGCUUACGCUCCAACAUCAAGCUACGAUGAAGAAGUCGAAGCUUUCUAUAGGGACCUGGAGAAGUUCUACCGAGAAGAUCAUGCCUUCUACAAGGUCAUAAUUGGCGAUUCCAAAGUUGGCCCAAGAAGAACGCCGAAGGAACUUCACAUCGGGACCCACGGCCUACAAUAG